AUGCCUUUUCCCAAGCCCGAGUUCCAAAACAACAACUUACUAAGAAACGGUUCCUUAAUUAAUGGGAACUGGAUAUCUGCUGCCAAAGAAACCUUUGAUGUGACUGAUCCAGCUUCAGGAAGCAAAAUAGCUACUCUACCUGAACAAACGUCCUCUGAUGUUGAGCAAGCCAUCGAUGCGGCAGCCAAGGCAUUCAAGACUUAUAAAAACACUACCCCAAGACAAAGAGCUCAAUGGUUGAGAAACAUGUUUAAUUUAAUGAUGGAAAACUUGGAAGAUUUAGCCAAAUUGAUAUCUUGGGAAAAUGGUAAAGCACUAUCUGAAUCACGCGGUGAAAUUAAAUAUGCUGCUUCAUUCUUUGAAUGGUAUGCUGAAGAGGCACCUCGUAUAUACGGCACUACUAUUCAGACUGCAACUGCCUCUAAUAGAGUAUUUACCUUAAGACAACCUGUUGGGGUUUGUGGUAUUAUUUGCCCUUGGAACUUCCCAAGUGCAAUGAUUACCAGGAAAGUGGCUGCUGCCCUGACUGCAGGAUGUACUGUGAUUGUCAAGCCUGACUCACAGACCCCAUUAUCUGGAUUAGCUUUAGGUUAUUUGUUGGAAGAGGCCGGUUUCCCUGAAGGUGUCUGUAAUGUCAUUCUUUCACAUAAGAAUACACCAGCAUGUGGUCUUACGUUAUGUGAAUCUCCCGUAGUCAAAAAGAUUUCCUUCACUGGAUCUACCAGUGUAGGGAAGAUAUUAAUGAAACAAUCUGCUUCCACUUUAAAGAAGUUAUCCUUUGAAUUAGGUGGUAACGCUCCCGUUAUUGUAUUUGAAGACGCAGAUUUGGAAGUGGCUGUUGAGCAGACUAUUGCGUCCAAAUUUAGAGGAUUGGGUCAAACUUGCGUUUGUUCAAAUAGAAUAUAUGUACAUUCCUCCAUUAUUGAUAAGUUUGCAGAAUUAGUAGCUGCAAAAGUUAGGAAGUUUACAAUUGGUCCUGGUUUAUCAGAUGGUGUCACCCAUGGUUGUAUCAUUAACGGGAAGGCUAUUGAAAAAGUGGAAAGUCACGUAAAUGAUGCAAUUACAAAGGGUGCCCAAAUAAUUGAAAAGGGUGGGUUGAUUCCAAGCUUAGGACCCAAUUUUUAUGCCCCUGUGGUAUUAUCUCAUGUUACAAAAGACGCAUUGGUGGCUAAGGAGGAAACAUUUGGUCCUCUGUGCCCAAUUUUCUCAUUCGAUACUUUGGAAGAAGUUAUUGGGUAUGCAAAUGAUACUGAAUUUGGAUUAGCUGCUUACAUUUUCUCCAAAGAUAUUGAUACUGUUUAUACUGCUGCAGAAGCUUUAGAAGCAGGAAUGGUUUCUUGCAAUACUGGUAUCUUCUCUGAUUGUGCUAUGCCAUUUGGUGGGGUUAAGGAGUCUGGGUUUGGAAGAGAAGGUUCCCUUCAUGGAAUUGAAGAUUAUACGGUUCUUAAAUCGGUCACCAUUGGAGGUUUACCUGAAAGAUUGUAA